AUGGCGCAAGCAAUGUCACUCGCGUCGGGGUUGUCGCUUGUUUCAGCUCCUCGUGUUUCCCUGCAGAGCUCCGUUGCUUUGCGAUCGGCUUACUCCGUUCAUGUGCCUUCCGUCACCGCCACCCGCAUCCACAGCGAUACUAAGCGGCGCGCAGUGACGUGUCAAGCCGUGGUCGUGGCUGCUGCUGACGGCGCACCUGCCCCACCUGCGUUUGGCAAGGGCAACAUUGUGCGGGUGGACAAGGAGAAGUACCUCAGCAGCGUGGAGUUCAAGGCAGUGGACCAUCCGCCCUUCUUCACGGGUCUGGACUACAUUUACCAGGCCAGAGGCGAGAUCUUGGACCUCAAGGAAUUCAGCGGCAACCAGUAUGCACUGCUUUCUUGGGCUGGAGUGCCUACCCCCCCUGCCUGGCUUCCCACCAGUAUGCUCAUCAAGGAAGCAGUCGACUGUAAGGCGGAGACAAAGAGUGGGACGUUUAUUGUUGGCAUCCUGCAGCCGAUCAUCGGGAAGAUUGGGCCGCAGCACAUCGUCGCGAUUUGCAUGGACGGCGGCAGCAACUACGUGUCCGCCGGCAAGCUGCUGCAGAAGAAGUACCCGCAUCUCAAGAUCGUCCCCUGCGCCACUCAUGUGCUCGACCUCCUGAUGGAGGAGAUCGGCAAGAUGGAUUGGGCGCAAGAGGUCGUCCCAGUUGCGAGCGACAUCAUCCCGUUCGUGCGCAGCCACAUGUGGACGCGUGCCUUCCUGUGGUGUCCCGAACUGCACGGCGAGGAGAGGUCGCUGCAGCAGCUGCGACCGGCGGGCAUGCGCUUUGGGACGCAGUUCAUCGCAGUGCCUCGGCUGCUCCAAAUUCGUUCGCAGCUAACGCAGAUGGUGACGCACAAGGAUUGGGAGGAGAAGGGAGGUAGCAAGCUGACUGGAAAGACAUUUGAGAGGUCGGUGUUGGAUGUGGAGUGGUGGAAGAAGGCGGAGACCUUUGUGAAGGUGAUGGAGCUGCUGUACAAGGUGAUGAGGAGGACAGAUGGGGAGGCGAAGGGUAAGAUGGGUGAGUUGUACGACAUCAUGAUGCAGCUGACGGAGGAGUUGUCGGAGCUAUUGGAGAGCGAGGAUUGUCGGCUCAAGAAGGCGGAUAAGGAGGGGGUGCAGGAGCACUUGAGGCGGCGUUGGGACGAGAGUUUGGUCUCCCCCCUUCACGUGGUCGGCCGGAUUCUGAACCCGGCCAACCAGGAGGAGGGGAUCUACCACAAAGACGUUGAGUGCACCAGGGUGAUGAAGGCGUGGCUCUCACGCUCGCGGGCAUUCGUCGACAAGUACUGGAAGACUGGCGACGACACGAAGGGAACGAUGAAGGCGUUGCAGGAGGGGAUGUUGGCAUAUAUUGAGGGCAAGGGGUGCUUCGGGGCAGAGGAGGCGAUAGAGGGGCGUGCGGGGAUUAAGGCCGGAAAGGGGGGCAUGGUGACGUGGUGGAAGGUGAACGGCUGGGAGUACGCCGACCUGGCUGGCCUUGCGUGCCGGGCGCCUUUACAGCCCGUUUCUGCAUCCCCGUGCGAGCGGGGAUGGUCUGUGUGGGAUGGCGUGUACACGGCGCGCAGGAACAGGAUGGGGUCGGAGAAGGGAAAAGUGGUGAAGUCAGGAAGGCGGGGAUACAAGCUGGAGGAGGAUGGAGAGGUGGAGGUGGACGAGGACGACAUGAUGCUGGACGAGUACAAGGACCGGGAAGACAAGGAGGAAGAGGAGGAGAAGGAGAGUGAGGAGGAGGAUGAGGAUGAGUGA